AUGCUUACAAGCUUUCAGUAUGAUGAAACUGAAUCAGUGGGUCAGAAAGCAGAUGCUCAUGUUCUUCAGCAUGCUUUGCGAAAGCUUUACAGUGAUCCUUCAUUCGCAAUCAUCUGUAGUUUUUUCAACAAAUUUGCUGUGUUUUUGGGAAUGAAGCCGCAGUGCUUUGCAAAAAUAGAAAGCAUGUUCACUAGUUUUCACAUUACUGGCAAAGUUGAUCGAGAUUUGAUAGAUUUGCAUUUGACGUUGAUGAGAAAAUUAGCAUUUAAAUCAGCAAAACUGGAUGCAUGGGAAAAAUACCUUCUCAAAUUUUGCUCAUUAUUACCAUCACUAGAAAGUGAAUAUUUGCAAUUAGAGCGGUAUGGGUAUUUGCACACAUCAUCAACAACAAAGCUGUCAAUUCUGAAAGCCUUAUGUGAAAGCCAAUUUGAUUUUAAUUCUAAAGUCAAGGAAAGUUUAUUAAAUUCAUGUUCGGCAAGUGACUUGCGUUUGUUACCGAUUGGUUUUGAUAAAGAAGGACUCGCAUAUCUUUACCAACAGGAUGCGGAUUUAGUUAUUCGUGUAUAUUCUGCUGAGCAAGAUGAUCAUUCUGGUGGUUCAUGGAAUCUUGUUGCCAAGUUAGACUUUUUAAAUUUUACAUUACUAUUGUUUCAUUCGUUUAAAUUGAUUUAUCUCUCUUUCACUAUAACAAAUCAAGUUUUCAGAUCUAAAGAAGAACUUGAACAUUUAGUCAUGGGAUUGAAAAAUCGACUUGAUUUCAAAUAUUUAUCCAAUGCUCUGAUUCACCUAGAAGGUUUUUUUUUGUUAUUCUUGAAUGGCCAAAAAACAGAAAAUGAAAAGCAAUUGGGUAUUUUACCAAAAUUCAUGACGAAACGUGGAUCUUUAUUAGAUACUUAUCAAGACGAGUCAACAGUCAAGAGGAAGCUUGUGAAAACAAUUCGAAAGAAAAAAAAGAAAGUCGUUGAAGAGGAGUUAAAAAAAGAGAACAGUACACCACCAGUGGAAUUAAUAGACGAUAUUCCCGAUGAGGUUAAACCUUUUCUUGAUCGCCGUAUUCUGCCUCGUAGGAGCGCUCGUAGUGCUGCAAUAAAUCAAAUGAAAGAAUUAACUGCUCCGUUAAGACCUCAAACUGGGAGGAAAAAAAAUCAGCAAAUCAAGAAACAGUCACAGUUCGAUAAUACAAGGCGCAUCAAAAUUAAUGACAAAAGUAAUGAUGUUGAUGGUAGUGUGAAUGGUGAUGAGAACGAUGAAGAAGAAGAAAGAUAUGAUGACACGGAUGAUUUUGCAUUGGCAGAAGACUCUUCGACAUCUUCGGAUGACGAAUUCAUGCCUAAAUCUGAGUUGAAAAAAAAGAACCGAAACUCCAGACGACGUAGAAGGAAAAAAGUAGAUGUUGAAAAGGAUCCAUUUGAGGUUGUUGAAUCGGAAGAAGAUGAUGAUAGUGAUAAUAACCAGGAAAAAGCGAAAAAGGAGCGAAAGAAAGCUACAGAUGAAACUUUAUGUAUGAAAUGCAACAAAAGUUCUAAUCCAGAAGUGGUAUUAUUAUUAUGCGAUUUAUGUGAUGAAGCUUGGCAUACGUGGUGUCUACACCCUAUGCUAUGGUAUGUACCAGACGAUGAUUGGUUCUGUCCAAAUUGCCAACAGGCGAUGCUGAUCAAUAAAUUUUCUGAUGUUUUAAUUACUCUUGAAGAGCAAGUGAAGCAAAAGGCAGCUGAUGACAAAAAGAAAGAAGCGGAAGCAGAAAGGCUUAAGCGUGAAAUGGAGUAUAUUGGAACGUCAUUAAAUACCAUUGUUGAUACGGUAUUUUUAUUUCUUAAAAGAUUUUAUCGAGUAAAAUAUGAAGAGGAAAGCUCAGAUUUACUAGAAGAAUCAGAUGAAGGUGGUGGCGAAAGAAAAUCAAAGAAGAAAGCUAUCAGACGUCUUGGUAAUUAUCCUCAGAAACCAGUUGUUCCGAUAGCACUUUCCCGAUCAAGACGUCACGUUGCUAAAGUCGAUUAUAAUUUUGGUGCUUACGAUGAGUUAAUCCAGGAGGCUGUGAAGAAUAUUGAUGAAGCAGCAGCAAGGCAAAUGAGUCCAGUCACUGUACGAUCAAAAAGUGGAGCAGGACGUGGUAAAGAUAUGUCGAACAUUAUAAAUGCAGGCAAGAAACGAAUUCCAUCGAAUCCAGAUGAUAUUCAUGAUAACAAAGGUGUUGAAAGCAAAUAUUGGUGCUUUAUUUGCAUCUUAUUUCAUUAUAUCCAUAUCAGGAUGAUAGCAAAUACUGGAAGAUUAACCAAAAGUCGUCAUCGGUUGAAUGAUCUCAAUGUGGAUGAUAUGACUGAAUCAGAUACCGAUGAGUACCAGGACAACGACAGUGCUUCGGUCUCAGAUCCAUCAGAUGAUACGGAUGAAUAUGUACCUUCUGAUAAUUCUCAUACGAAAAGACCAACUAAGCGAACUUAUUCCAAUAGACGAACCCAAAGCGACGACGAUUUUGUUGUCUCUGGUUCAGAAAGUGAAUACGAGCCUUCCAGAAAAAAAUCUCAGAAAUCUAAGAAUGUAAAGGUACGAGGGAGAAGAAAACGUGUAGAAUGGUCAUCUUCGGAUGAAGAUUUUACUUCUGAAUUAAGCGAUAGUUAUCAAAGUGGAGAAAGUAGCAGUAAUAACGAACGACUAACAAAAAGACGUGCUGUUUCCAAGUGGGCACCCCGCGCAAGUAGCUCGGAUGUUGAAGGUUCCAUUGAUUCAACGCAAAGAACAGCAGCAGGAAGGCCUCUGAGGCAAGCAGUGGCAAAGCGAUCAAGUAUGAGUAUAGAUAAUGAAGUAGAAGAGGAUGCAGAAAAUGAUGAGAUCGAACAAGAAUUGAAAAGGGUUCAUCACAUUGGCUCGGGGAGAGCAGCUCAAAGUUCGGACGAGUUUGAACCUGAAGAUGAGGAAGAGGAAGAUGAUGAUGGUGAUGAUGAUGAUGAUGAUGAUGAUGAUGAUACUGUAGGUGAAGAAGAAAUGGAAAACGACGACGCACAUAGUGAUGGAGAUGAGAAACGAGAACAAAAAGAUGAAGAAAUGAGAUCAGGAAGAAUUGUGGUGAAAGAAGAAGUUGAUGAUGAAAGUAGGAAGGGUAUGACUUAUACUACUGAAAAUUUAUUAUCAACUGAUUGUAUUAAAAUGGAAGAAAAUUUGGAUGUUAUGCCUCCGUCAGCAUCUGGAAAUGAAUUUAUAUCAAAUUCAAAUAUUGUUUCACAAAGCAGUAUUGAUGAUGUCAAAAUUCGAGAAAUGAAGCAGAAAACAACAGCUGCACUGGAAAUGUCAAAUGCUGAGGAUAUAAAAUUAGAAGACAAAAGGAUAACAGAUGGUAAAAUGGAAAAAGUUGAAAUGUUGAAUGUGGCACCAGCAUGCGCAAAUGUUACUUCUUUCCUUCCUCCUUCAUGCUUUCCGUCAACUUCUGCAGAUGUGUCUUCUUUAAAUCCAGCGUCUGUGAUGCAACAGAUGGCUAGACUCGCGUCAUCAUCUGUUGCACCAGUGCGACAGUUUGAGUCAUCGUGUGUUGCUUAUCAGAGUAUGUUGCAAACUACAUCUCCUCCAUUCAUAUCUAAUGGCGAUCUACCAUUUGUUCAUUCUGGUAUAUUUCGUCCGAUCUCUGGCACAGCUUAUCAACUUAGACAGCCAACGUUUUUAAGGGCUCCGACAACUAUGAUACAGCCUGGUGUUAAUCCACUACUGGCUGGAUGGCCUCAUUAUCCUCCUCCAAAUUCCUUUCCUACAAAUAUACCACUUCCUCCAGUAGUUACAACGGCAGUUUCAUCGUCGACUACGGAUUCCGAAACACUUGGUAAUGUACUGGCAACAGCAAUGGAUUAUUGA